AUGUCCAGCCUGAAGCCGCUUCACAGUCACACCGAAGCUUCGCUCUUAAGCCGGCAAAGGCCAAGCUGCUGUUCAGCGCUGGGGGAGCCCAGGCCUGGCCCCACUCCCUCCGCUGCCUCUCCACCUGGACGGUCCUGGAGGCUGAGAAAGUCCAGCCACAAGUGCCCAAGUCUGGCUCUCGAGCUGAGACUGUGUAGAUCAGCCCAACUGAAUGUAGCUGCUAUCGCUCAGCGUCCCGCACCAGCCACCGCCCGACCCCCUCCAGAGGCGGCGCUCCAGCCAGAGCGAGUUCCUGCAGCUAAGGUCCGGUCUGUCGGGGCUCCUGGCCGAGCUCAACCGGACACCACGACCGGUCCGACCACCGACGCGCUGCCCUGCCGGGCUCCACCUGGGGCUCCACGCGGGGCGCCAGGAGGGGCCGCCCCAAAUAUGAACAGAGAAAACGCAGCAGCAGCCACCAGUCACCUGCCACGAUCCACCAGUCACCUGCCACGAUCCACCAGUCACCUGUUCAGGAUCCACCAGGCACCUACCACGAUCCACCAGUCACCUGUUCAGGAUCCACCAGUCACCUGCCGUGAUCCACCAGUCACCUGUUCAGGAUCCACCAGUCACCUGUUCAGGAUCCACCAGUCACCUGCCGUGAUCCACCAGUCACCUGUUCAGGAUCCACCAGUCACCUGUUCAGGAUCCACCAGUCACCUGCCACGAUCCACCAGUCACCUGUUCAGGAUCCACCAGGCACCUACCACGAUCCACCAGUCACCUGUUCAGGAUCCACCAGUCACCUGCCGUGAUCCACCAGUCACCUGUUCAGGAUCCACCAGUCACCUACCACGAUCCACCAGUCACCUGUUCAGGAUCCACCAGUCACCUACCACGAUCCACCAGUCACCUGUUCAGGAUCCACCAGUCACCUGUUCAGGAUCCACGAGUCACCUGCCUCACCUGUUCAGGAUCCACCAGUCACCUGCCGUGAUCCACCAGUCACCUGUUCAGGAUCCACCAGUCACCUGCCACGAUCCACCAGUCACCUGCCGUGAUCCACCAGUCACCUGCCGUGAUCCACCAGUCACCAGCCACGAUCCACCAGUCACCAGCCACGAUCCACCAGUCACCUGCCAUGAUCCACCAGUCACCAGCCACGAUCCACCAGUCACCUGCCGUGAUCUACCAGUCACCUGCCGUGAUCCACCAGUCACCAGCCACGAUCCACCAGUCACCUGCCGUGAUCCACCAGUCACCUGCCAUGAUCCACCAGUCACCAGCCACGAUCCACCAGUCACCUGCCGUGAUCUACCAGUCACCUGCCGUGAUCCACCAGUCACCAGCCAUGAUCCACUAGUCACCAGCCACGAACCACCAGUCACCAGCCGUGAUCCACCAGUCACCAGCCACGAUCCACCAGUCACCAGCCACGAUCCACCAGUCACCUGCCAUGAUCCACCAUCACCAGCCGUGAUCCACCAGUCCCCAGCCGCGAUCCACCAGUCACCUGCCGUGAUCCACCAGUCACCAGCCACGAUCCACCAGUCACCUGCCGUGAUCCACCAGUCCCCAGCCACGAUCCACCAGUCACCUGCCGUGAUCCACCAGUCCCCAGCCACGAUCCACCAGUCAUCUGCCGUGAUCCACCAGUCACCUGCCACGAUCCACCAGUCACCUGCCACGAUCCACCAGUCCCCAGCCACGAUCCACCAGUCACCAGCCGUGAUCCACCAGUCACCAGCCACGAUCCACCAGUCCCCAGCCACGAUCCACCAGUCCCCAGCCGUGAUCCACCGGUCACCUGCCGUGAUCCACCAGUCACCUGUUCAGGAUCCACCAGUCACCUGCCGUGAUCCACCAGUCACCAGCCGUGAUCCACCAGUCACCAGCCACGAUCCACCAGUCACCUGUUCAGGAUCCACCAGUCACCUACCACGAUCCACCAGUCACCUGUUCAGGAUCCACCAGUCACCUACCACGAUCCACCAGUCACCUGUUCAGGAUCCACCAGUCACCUGCCGUGAUCCACCAGUCACCUGCUGUGAUCCACCAGUCACCUGCUGUGAUCCACCAGUCACCAGCCACGAUCCACCAGUCACCUGCCGUGAUCCACCAGUCCCCAGCCAAGAUCCACCAGUCCCCAACCGUGAUCCACCAGUCCCCAGCCACGAUGCACCAGUCACCUGCCGUGAUCCACCAGUCACCAGCCACGAUCCACCAGUCACCUGCCGUGAUCCACCAGUCACCUGCCGUGAUCCACCAGUCACCUGUUCAGGAUCCACCGGUCACCAGCCACGAUCCACCAGUCACCUGCCGUAA